UUUACAUGUUAUAGAUCUGGGGCUAAAACACAAAGUCAGACUCUUCAGCCCUGAUAUUAAACAGUUGUUAAUAUCAGUUGUUUAAUUCCUAAUCUUAACAUUGUAAUAUUUGUUGGGGGAUUUAGAAACAGUUUCAUAGAAUAUCUGAUUCGGCAGUUUCUGCUCCCCCUGCUUGUCUAAACCUGGCCUCAGUCCCAAACCCCGCCUCUCAGAGCUUUACACAACUCCAGGAAAUCAGCGCAGUGAAGUUUCGUUUCUUGUGAAAUCGUCAGUCUCUCUGUCUCUCUGCAGCAAGAAUGGCUUCAAAAGUAUGGUCAGAGGAUCAGUUUAGUUGUCCAGUGUGUCUGGAGCUAUUGAAGGACCCAGUCGCUAUUCCAUGUGGACACAGUUACUGUAUGGGGUGUAUUAAGAACUGCUGGGAUCAGACUGAUCAUAUGGGUGUCUACAGCUGCCCCCAGUGCAGAGAGACCUUUACCCCAAGGCCUAAUCUGUGCAGAAACACCAUGCUGGCUGAAGUUGUGGAGGAAUUAAAGAAGACAGGACUCAAUCCUCCUCCUGCUCAAAGUUAUGCUGGACCUGGAGAUGUGCCGUGUGAUUUCUGCACUGGGAGAAAGUUCAAAGCUGUGAAAUCCUGUUUGACGUGCCUGGCCUCUUACUGUGAAACACACGUCAAGCCACACUGUGAGGUUACUCCAUUAAAGAGGCACAAGCUGGUCAAUGCAAUUGGAAAUCUGGAGCAGAAGCUUUGUGCUGAACACCAGAAGGUUUUUGAGGUCUUCUGUAGAACCGAUCAGACGUGUAUUUGUGUGUUGUGUAUUGUCAAGGAACACAAGAGCCAUGAUACAGUCUCAGCAGAGGCAGAAAGGAGUGUGAAACAGAAGCAGCUGGGAGAGACACAGACAGAAAUACAACAGAGAAUCCAGGAGAAACUGAAAGAAAUUGAGGAGCUGAAACAGGCUGUGGAGUCACUGAAAAGAUCUGCAUGCAUAGAAAUAAAGGAAAGUGAGAAGAUCUUUACUGAGCUGAUCCGAUCCAUUGAGAAGAUCCACACUGAGGUUAUUGAGCUGAUUGGAGCUAACGAGAAGGCUGCAGUGAAUCAGGCUGAAGGACGCAUGAAGAAACUGGAGCAGGAGAUUGCUGAGCUAAGGAGGAGAAACACUGAGCUGAAACAGCUUUCAGAGACAGAGGAUCACAUUCAUUUUCUACAGAAUUUCCAGCCUCUCUGUGCCCCUCCUGAAGCUGGAGACUUACCCAGCGUUACUGUCAAUACAGACAUCUCUUUUGGGGCUGUGAGGAAAGCUGUAUCUGAACUUAAAGACCAUAUUGAGGACUUCUGCAAGGGGGAAUUAGUCAAAAUAACCACAACAGUGAAUGAAGUUGCAGUUUACAGUCUGCAGGCUCCAGAGCCAAGGAACAGAGCUGAGUUUUUAAAAUAUUCCUGUCAGCUCACACUGGACCCCAACACAGCGAAUAGAGAGCUCUGUCUGUCUGAAGGGAACAGAAAGGUGACAUGGAGGAGAGAGACCCAGAGAUAUCCUGAUCACUCAGAGAGAUUUGACAGCCAGUCCCAAGUGCUUUGCAGAGAGGGUUUGUCUGGGACUCGCUGUUACUGGGAGAUUGAGAGGACUGGGGGAGGGGCUGAUAUAGGAGUCACAUAUAAAGGAAUCAGCAGGAAAGGAGAGGAUCAUUCCUGUCGCCUUGGAUGCAAUGACAAGUCCUGGAGUUUGUUCUGCUCUGAUUCCAGUUACACUGCCCGGCACAAUAACAAUAAAACUGCAAUAACUGCCCCCCGCUCCCCCAGAAUAGGAGUGUAUCUGGACUUUAAUGCCGGCACGCUGUCCUUUUAUGGCGUCUCUGACACAAUGACCGUCCUGCACAGAUUCCAAACCACAUUCACUGAGCCGCUCUAUCCUGGGUUUUGGCUUUGGGGUUAUGAUUCCUCUGUAACAAUCUGCCAGCUGAACUAGACUGUUUUGUGUUGUAAGAAACCCUUUGUAUUGAACUCCCUGUCUGUCCUCUCCACUCCUCGGGUGAAGGGAAUGUUCAAUCUGACACAACUUUGGAUGAAAGUUACGGGGUAAAACGGCGCCACCUGCAGAGCGAAACGAGGUGAAUUAUUUGUUUUUAGCAACAAAUGGAUUUCAUACGAAGUAACUGUAUUUAAUUUAUUUUAAAAGAAUUGUUAUGUUUUAUAAAUAUUAAAAAUGCCAUCCAAUAGUCAGUGCUGUAACAGUUUUAAAAAAAGUGAACUUAAGUUUGCUUUAUUGUGUGUGUGUUUUUGUUUUUUGAUUUCCAUAAAAUGUUUAAUAUUUCAGAUUUUAGUAAUGUGAUUUAAU